AUUAUUGUUGUUGCUCCCUUCCCUUCCAGUCCUAAUCCGAGCUCUUGGCUCCUCUUAUCAGACAUCGGUCUUGCUCAUAGCCUACUGGUUAAUUCAGGCAUGCUUCGAGUCGAGCUGCAGUCGCGUCAUCUCACUCAACCAUUCGCCUCAAAUAAUACUGAUGCGGUGACUGAGCAAUCUGAACCUGUUGAACCUGUUACAAUCAGAGAUUGAAAUUCAAGAUAACUCAGCCUGCCUCUCUCCUCCGACCUCUUUCUAGAAUGGGCCUACCUGUCCCUGAGAUCGUAGCGCAACAAGCACAAGCUACCACUGCUGCCAACACCGAUCCCACCAAUCCCACGACACCCAAUCCCUUCCUCCACGAGAUUGACCUCACCGAUCAAGAGCUGGCCGAGGACGAUGUGCCUCUUCCUGCCUACGGUGAGAUAUAUGGCGAGAUCCGCGACGAGAAGAACGGCACGGACACCAGUGCCAGUGUCAACGACGAUGGUCGUGUCAACAUCCGCAUUAACCACUUCAACUGCCGUUUAUCCCAGAUCUUUACUCCUGCUUUAGAUCAACACAUCCAGGAUGCCCAAGAUAGUCGCCCACCUGCUCCCGCAUUUAUUCCUCCAUCUCUAGGAAGCUCGGGGGGAGUUUCCCCACCUCCGCGCCUGAACAUCGUCAUCCAGGUCGUGGGCUCUCGCGGAGAUGUCCAACCCUUCGUUGCCUUAGGGAAGGUCUUGAAAGAUACCUACGGUCAUCGCGUACGUCUCGCAACUCACCCCACAUUCAAAGACUUUGCCCAGGAGAAUGGCCUAGAGUUCUUUAGCAUUGGCGGCGACCCAACCCGGCUCAUGGCCUUCAUGGUCAAGAAUCCCGGCCUCAGGCCGGGAUUUCGCAGUGUAGCAAGUGGAGACGUCGGCCAGCGAAGAAAAGAUGUUGCUGAGUACAUUCAAGGCUGCUGGCGAUCAUGUUACCAAGCCGAUGACAGAACCGAUGAUAACCCUCAUGAGCCCAUCAGGAAUAACAGGGGUACCAAGCCUACGGCAAAACACUUCGUUGCCGACUGCAUAAUCGCCAAUCCUCCAAGUUUCGCUCAUAUUCAUUGCGCAGAAAAGCUAGGCAUUCCGCUUCAUAUCAUGUUCACUAUGCCGUAUUCUCCUACGCAGGCCUUCCCCCAUCCCCUGGCUAACAUUCAAUCCUCGAAUGCCGAUCCUCAACUCACUAAUUACAUCAGCUACGCCAUGAUCGAAAUUCUCUCGUGGCAGGUCCUAGGUGAUAUUAUUAAUCGGUUUCGCGCAAAGUGUUUAAAUCUAGACCCCGUAAGUAGGAUCUGGGGCCCAGGGAUGCUCCAGCGUCUCAAGAUUCCUCACACCUACUGCUGGUCACCGGCCCUGAUACCUAAACCGACAGACUGGGGCUCACAUAUAUCCAUCUCCGGAUUCUACUUUCUCAACUUGGCGUCUAACUACUCCCCUGUUCCGGACUUACUGGCAUUUCUCAAAAGCGGUCCACCUCCUGUCUACAUAGGGUUUGGGAGCAUUGUUCUAGACAAUCCAAAUGCGAUGACAGAACUUGUUUUCGAGGCCGCGAGGAAGACUGGUCAGCGUGUACUCCUCUCUAAAGGCUGGGGUGGCAUGGGUGCAGAUGAGCUACGUAUUCCCAAUGGCGUUUUUAUGCUAGGCAACGUACCACAUGACUGGCUCUUCAAGCAAGUCUCGUGCGUCGUCCACCAUGGUGGUGCAGGAACCACGGCAGCAGGCCUCACCGCAGGCCGGCCGACUGUCGUCGUUCCUUUCUUUGGGGACCAGCUUUUCUGGGGCGCUAUGGUCGCGCGAGCAGGCGCAGGCCCCGAUCCGAUCCCGCACAAACGACUUACAGCAGACAAAUUAGUCGAUGCUAUCAACUUUUGUCUAAGACCCGAAAGUCUGGAACGUGCCAAAGAAUUGGCCAGCAAAAUCGCGGCGGAGCAAGGCUGCGACAUGGGUGCUCAGUCGGUCCAUCAGUUUCUCGAGCCUGACCGACUCCGUUGCACCCUUGCACCAUCUCGAGCUAGUGUGUGGCGUAUCAAACGCACAAAGGUCAGGUUAAGCGCUUUUGCUGCCUGUACUUUAGCGAAUGCAAAUCUAUUGGAUUUCCAGGACUUGAAGCUCUUUAGACCGCAAGAGCAUUAUAUCGACGAAGGUCCCUGGGAUCCAAUAUCUGGUGGGUUUACCGCAUUUUUGGGGGCGGUCGGCGGCAUGAUGAUGGGGCUGGCCGAUGUUCCCUCUGAGACCUGGAGAGCUGUGCAGAUUCCGGUUGGGCGCAGCCGACAGCAGUCCCAAGCUUCGUUGUCAAAAGUCGCGAGUAAAAGCAAGGCCUCAUACAUAGGGAAAAACUCAGCUUCACUGACUUCGCUUGGACAGAGUGAAACGACCUUGAACACAGAGAACUCUCUUGCUCAUGUUCAGAGUCCCCCAAACCUCUCUGGUCGGUCCACCCCCACUUCGAUGGUCGGUCGAACCUCUGUAUCUGGUCCAUCGCAAGGCUAUAUGAGUCCCAAACAAGACGACGAUAGCCUAAGUCGUUCCCGCAGUCGUCAUGAAUUCAGUCCCAGCAAAGACCCCGAUAUGCUGCGCCCCACUGGCGUACACAUGAGCAAAGGGGCUGGGCGUUUUGUAAAGGCAAUCGUUCAAGGACCUGUGGAUAUCUCUGUGAACCUCACAAGAGGGAUGCACAAUAUCCCUAAGCUUUGGGGAGAUGACACCAUGCGUCCUCAGGAAAGGGUGACCGAUUUCAGGUCAGGCGUCAAGGCAGUGGGAAGAGAGUUUGGCUUUGGCUUCUACGAUGGCAUAACUGGCUUGGUCACUCAGCCUUGGAAAGGCGCCCGGGAAAAGGGCGCCAGCGGCUUCAUCAAAGGAGUCGGCAAAGGGGUCGGAGGGUUCCUAGUCAAGCCGGGCGCGGCCUGUCUUGGUAUUUUGAGUCAUACGAUGCAAGGAGUCAACAAGGAAAUGCAGAAGUUGUUUGGCAGUGAUGUGCAGAAUUACGUCAUUGCGUCUAGGGCAGCUCAAGGGUACGAGGAUUGGCUGCAGAGCUCUGAUGCAGAAAAGCAAGAUGUCAUUGUCCGGUGGAAGCAGAUCCAGAAAGAUCUAAAGAAAAAGGGCAAGCCUGAUAAGAUGGAGCGAGAAGCCCGGGAAAGGCAGCAAAAGGCGGAUUUAAAAGUUACAAAAGACCGACAAAACGGUGAAUAUACUGUGAGAUCCGCUCAAUCUGUCAACAGUGCAGAUGCUGAGGUUCAAGAUCUCCGCAAUGCCGCGCUCGCCAAUGGUGAUUCACUAUCUCCUCUGCGUACUGCCAACGCGGCACCUGGAAUGUCAUCAACAGCGGUUGAGGUCACGUCUCGCGAAGACGAACAAGAGGAUGCCGAUAUGAAACUAGCGAUUCAGGAAUCACUGGCGAUGCAGGCGACCAGCGCAGCCGAAGCUCAUCAACGCGCAAGCAUCCGUGGAAGGGACUCAAAUCUGGAUCUUUACCAUGAAGACGAUGAGGAAUUCGAUGAGGAACUGAAGCGGGAAAGAAGAGAAUUUGAAGCGAUAUCGGAGAGGGCGGCAGCUAUAACUGGUAGGAUGAUCGACCGUCAGCAACCUCCUGCGUAUGAUCCAGGGCAUCUCGCGGGCACCUUGCGAAGUGAGUUCGAAGCAGAACAAAAGGGACAGCAGGGGGCGAAGACUGCAGAAGAGAAGAUAGAAGAAGAGAUCGUGAUGGUGUACAUCAAGAAGCAGAGCCUUUUAGAAGUACACCAUCAGAACAAGGGCAAGGGAUGUGGAUCAUCGUUAGAGGAUGAGGACGAUGAAGACUUGCAGAAGACCUUGAAGUUGAGUAUGCAAGAAUGUGCAGAUCGAUACGGCAAGUCUUCAAGGACAUGA